AUGCAGGUAUUUUAUCAGAAUGGAAAAGAAACCCCAGAGCCCGUAAAAGCUAAAAUAUCUGGCACAGUUCCUGACUGGUUACAGGGGACCCUUGUGCGCAAUGGACCUGGGAUGUUCUCUGUUGGGGACACGGCCUAUAAACACUGGUUUGAUGGCAUGUCUCUCCUCCAUAGCUUCACCUUUAAAGAUGGUGAUGUCUACUACCGGAGUAAAUUUCUCAAGAGUAAUACUUUCAAAAAGAACACUGGUGCCAACAGGAUUGUGGUGUCUGAAUUUGGAACCAUGGUCUAUCCUGAUCCCUGCAAAAACAUUUUUUCAAAGGCUUUUACCUAUCUCAGCAAUGCCAUCCCUGAUUUCACGGACAACGGCCUUGUGAGCAUUAUAAGAUAUGGUGAGGACUACUAUGCAGCAUCUGAAGUGAACUACAUCAACCAGAUCGACCCUCACACUCUGGAGACAGUCGGGCGAGUAAAUUACAGGAACCAUAUUGCACUGAACCUGGCUACUGCUCACCCUCACUAUGAUGAGGAAGGAAACACAUACAACAUGGGCACAGCGAUCAUGGGGUUUGGCCGACCCAAGUACAUGAUAUUCAAAGUUCCAGCCAACGCAUCAGAUAAAGACAGUAAAAAGCCAGACUUGAGUAAAGUGGAGAAGGUGUGCUCCAUCCCCUUCAGAUCAGCCCUCUACCCGAGUUACUUCCACAGCUUUGGCAUGACGGAGAACUACAUUGUCUUCGUGGACCAGGCCUUUAAGCUGGACAUCCUCGGGCUUGCAACGGCCUACUUCAGAGGGGUCAAUUGGGGAGGCUGUCUCAAGUUUGACAAAGAUGAUGUUACAGUAUUCCAUCUGAUCAACCGGAAGACUGGGAAAGCAGUUUCCACAAAGUUCUAUGGAGAUCCUUUUGUGGUGUUCCACCACAUAAAUGCAUAUGAGGAAAACGGCCAUGUUGUAUUUGAUCUGAUCACAUACAAAGACAGCAAUCUGUACGACAUGUUCUACAUUGACAACUUGAAACAGGACACGGACAAAUUCAUAGAAAGCCACAAGAUCUUCUCACCACCAGUCUGUCAGAGAUUCGCCUUACCCAUCGCUGUUGAAAAGGACACUCCAGUAGGCACAAACCUUGUGACACUAGAAGACACCACAGCAAAAGCAGUGAUGCAGAAGGAUAGCUCAGUCUUCUGUUCGCCUGACCUACUCCUUGUGGGUUUAGAAUUGCCACAGAUUAAUUACAAAUUUAAUGCCAAAAAGUACAGAUAUUUCUACGGCUCCAGGGUGGAGUGGUCUCCACAUCCAAACAAGAUUGCCAAAGUAGACAUCGUCACCAGGACUCAUAAAGAGUGGCGCAGUGAAGAGUGCUACCCAUCUGAGCCCGUUUUUGUGGCCUCACCCGGCGCUGUGGAGGAGGAUGACGGAGUCCUUUUGUCCUCGAUCGUGUCUCUUAAUCCAGCAAAAAAACCCUUUAUGCUUAUUUUGGACGCCAAAACAAUGGAGGAGAUUGCACGUGCAGAAGUGGAUGCUUCUUUCCACAUGGACCUGCACGGCUGUUUCAUUCCUCGCAAGGACAGUAACUAAGUAGGGUUUGGUAUGGUCAUAUUGUACAUAGAUAGAUAGAUAGAUACUUUAUUGAUCCCCAGGGGGAAAUUCAAGUUAGAGGGUUUUAUAUUGUGGCUUCAUUAAAGUUUGUAGUUUGUAAAGGGAUGCAUAAGAUUGAGCUAAAACCAAACACAACAAAUUAUUUAUAAAGAAUAUUUGAAUAAUAUAGUUUGUAUGUACUUGUUUACACAUAAUAUGUAUUUUAAAGCUACAGUGUGUAGGUAAUCUUUUGUUAGAAAUGGAAUAGUAUUCAAAAUGUUUUCAUUAGUACAUAAUACCUGUAAAUAUGUUUUUGUUAGCUUAGAAUGAGCUCUUUAUACCU